AUGUAAGAUAAAGUAAAAAUUCUUAUGCUUGGUGAAAGAAGUGUUGGCAAAUCCUCUCUCUUGAAUCGUUAUAUUGAUGAUAAAUUUGAUGAUGCAAUCCACGCCACUCUUGGAGUUGAAUACAAAUAAAAAAUAAUUACAAAUGGUGAUUCACAACUUACAGUCUAAGUCUGGGAUACUGCAGGUGUUUUUAUAUAAGUUUUCAUUUCUAGGCUAAGAGAGAUUUCGAUAUAUAGCUCCUAUUUAUUAUAGAAAUGCACAAGGAAUUCCUAUGGUCUAUAGUGUCGUUGAUCGUGAUUCAUUCAAUCAAGUUUAAACUUGGAUGGAUUACCUCAAGGAUUAAGUAGAUAAUUAACUAAUAUCUAUUAUAUUGGUAGCCAAUAAAUGUGAUCUUGAAAACAGAAAUGUAACAACUUCUGAAGGUCAAGAAUUGGCAUAACUUGUAUGUCAUUUAAUUUAGUUUUAGUACUCUGUCAAAUAUUAUGAAUGCUCUGCUAAAACAGGAACUUAAGUCAAAGAAAUGUAUUAAGAACUUGUUAAUCAAAUUCUCUCUAAAAGAAUUCAAAAUAAUGAUUAAUCCCUAAGACUUAGAAUUUUUACUCAAGAUUAAGUGGAUAAUACAUAACCAUAAAAGUGUUGUUGAAUAAACUU